AUGGCACACCACAAGGAACACAACCCUUCUAGUUCCUCAACGACACUUCAAGACACACAAAACACCGACAACACUUCAGAUCACGACUACGAUGCCGAAAUCCACCAAUUAGCUCGAAGAAUCACCAGCCAGUCCGCGACAUCUGGCCACGGUCCUUUAUUCCCUCUCGGCGAAAACACCUCCCUCGAUCCCGAAAGCCCUCAUUUCAGUCCCAAGAAAUGGGCCAAAGCAUACCUCAAGACGCGCACCGCUGCCGCAGACGGAAACACUCCCCGAACAGCCGGUAUCGCCUUCAAAAACCUCGACGCAUUCGGCUUCGGCCAAGCCACAGACUUCCAAGAUACUCUAGUCAACAUCUUUCUCAAUGCCACCAGCGUUGUGAGAAAGAUUGGCGGGUACAAGGGUCAGCGUAUCGACAUCCUUCGAAACCUCGAUGGUCUUGUUGAAGCAGGUGAGAUGCUUUGUGUUCUGGGUCCUCCUGGAUCUGGAUGCUCUACCCUACUUCGCAGUAUCUCGGGCGAAACACACGGCUUCCACCUCGGCGAUGACACAGUUCUUAACUAUCAGGGCAUCCGACCGGAGCAGAUGAAGAAGGCUUACAGAGGCGAAGCCAUCUACACUGCCGAAGUCGAUCACCACUUUCCUCAUCUAACCGUUGGCGACACACUCUACUUCGCUGCCCGUUGUCGCUGUCCACCAAAGGACAAGCUUCCCCAUGGCGUCACUGCACGAGAGUAUGCCGAGCAUUUGCGCGAUGUCAUCAUGGCCAUGUUCGGUAUAUCGCAUACCAAGAACACAAGGGUUGGCAAUGACUUUGUACGCGGUGUCAGUGGUGGCGAACGCAAGAGAGUCACUAUCGCAGAGGCAGCUCUUGGUUACUCACCUUUGCAGUGCUGGGACAACAGCACACGAGGUCUUGACAGCGCCAAUGCCGUCGAGUUCUGUCGUGUCCUUCGUACACAGGCUGACGUUCUCGGUAUUUCGUCCUGCGUUGCUAUCUACCAAGCUCCUCAAAGCGCUUAUGAUCUUUUCGAUAAGGUCGUCGUUCUGUACGAGGGUCGCCAGAUCUUUUUCGGAAGAACAGGUGACGCGCAGGCCUACUUCGAGGACUUGGGCUUUGUAUGUCCCGAGCAACAGACCACAGCCGACUUUUUGACAUCAAUGACCAACCCUGUUGAGAGAAUCGUUCGUCCUGGGGCCAAUCCUCCUCGUACUUCCGACGAGUUUGCUCUCGCGUGGAAGAACAGUCAAGCUCGAUCCAGACUCGUCGACGAGAUCGACUAUUACGUGGAACAACACCCAUUCGACGGACCCGAUCUCCAACGAUUCUCCGAAUCACGACGACUCGACCAAGCCCGUGUCCAACGCGAGAAGUCACCUUUCAACCUUUCCUUCUGGCAACAGUACACAAUCAACCUCUGGAGAAGUGUCAAGAUGCUCGUCGGCGACCCAAGCAUCACCCUCACCAUGCUCGUCACCAACGUCUUCCAGGCCCUGAUAGUUUCCAGUAUUUUCUACAACCUGCCGCACAACACAACCAGUUUCUUCCGUCGCACAACCCUCCUGUUCUUCAUUGUCCUCAUGAACGCUUUCAGUAGUGUUCUCGAGAUCAUGACUCUCUAUGAGAAGAGGAAGAUUGUGGAGAAACAUUCCCGCUACGCCUUCUACCAUCCCAGUGCUGAGUCGCUAGCAGCUAUGGUCACCGAUCUUCCGUACAAGGUGACCAACGCGAUUCUGAUGAACACGACAUUAUACUUCAUGUGUAAUCUUCGUCGCGAGCCUGGUCCCUUCUUUUCAUUUUUGCUCUUCUCGUUCGCGCUUACGAUGUGCAUGUCAAUGAUGUUUCGCUUCAUUGGGUCAUCGACCAAGUCCAUCUCUCAAGCAUUGGCGCCCGCGUGUGUCAUUCUACUGGGUUUGGUCUUGUACUCUGGGUACGCCAUUCCAUCAGCCUACAUGCAUGACUGGCUUGCCUGGAUCCGAUGGAUCAACCCUGUGUUCUAUGGUCUCGAGAGUGUGUUCUUGAUCGAGUUUCACGGCCAAGAGUAUUCUUGUUCCAGUUUUGUUCCCAGUGGAGCUGGUUACGAGAACUUGAACUCUGGAGAACGUGUCUGCAACAUCGCUGGUUCUGUACCUGGACAGUCCUUCGUCAGAGGUGAGGAUUACCUACGGACCUCAUUCGGUUUCGUCAACAGCCACCGAUGGAGGAACUUGGGUAUUCUCAUCGUGUGGGCAUUCUUCUACAUGGCUCUCCACCUUUUGACAACCGAGUACGUGGCUUCUGAGCGCUCCAAGGGUGAAGUCUUGGUCUUUCUCCGUGAGUCCCUGCACAAGGUCUCUGGCAAACGUGCCAGCGAUGAAGAGUCCGGUUCCAGCCUGCCCGUCGGCAAACAAGAGGCUCCUGGUAACUCGAGCGAGAAGGUCGAGGUUGAGAGACAAACAUCUGUCUUCCAUUGGAAUGAUGUCUGCUACGAUAUCAAGAUCAAGGCCGAAGAACGCAGGAUUUUGGAUCACGUUGAUGGUUGGGUCAAACCUGGUACAUUGACAGCUCUCAUGGGUGUUUCGGGUGCUGGCAAAACCACCCUUCUCGAUGUUCUCGCCAGCCGUGUCACUAUGGGGGUCGUUUCUGGUGAAAUGCUUGUCAACGGUCACCAACGCGAUUCUUCCUUCCAGAGGAAGACUGGAUACGUCACCCAACAGGAUCUGCACCAGGCCAGCUCAACGGUACGAGAAGCUCUUCGAUUCAGCGCCAUCCUUCGACAACCGGCCAAGUACAGCAAGCAGGAACGUAUUGACUACGUUGAUACUGUCAUUUCGCUACUGGGAAUGGAUGCUUAUGCUGAUGCCAUCAUUGGUGUUCCUGGUGAAGGACUCAACGUUGAACAACGUAAGAGACUCACCAUCGGUGUGGAACUUGUCGCCCGACCACAACUUCUUCUAUUUCUCGACGAACCUACCUCCGGCCUUGAUAGCCAGACUUCGUGGUCUAUCUGUGAUCUCAUGGAGACAUUGACCAAGAGCGGUCAGGCCAUCUUGUGUACCAUCCACCAACCCUCAGCCAUGCUCUUUCAACGGUUCGACAGACUUCUUUUGCUUGCCAAGGGAGGUAAGACUGUCUAUUUUGGCGAAGUUGGACACAAUUCGCAGGUCUUGAUGGACUACUUCACUCGUAACGGAGGACCGGCUUUGCCUCCCAAGGCCAACCCUGCUGAGCACAUGCUUCACGUCAUUGGAGCUGCUCCAGGUGCACACAGCGACAUCGAUUGGCCUGCUAUCUGGAGGAAGUCACCCGAGUAUGAGUCUGUGCAGAGGGAGCUUCAAUCGCUCAAGUCUGAGAGUCUAUCCGGUCAAGCACAAGCUUCGGCUGGUGAUGUUUCUGAAUACAAGGAGUUUGCGUCUUCAUACCCAACUCAAUUGUGGGAAGUGACCAAACGACUGUUCCAAGGGUAUUGGAGAAACCCUCAGUACAUGUACUCCAAGGUUCUUCUGUCUGUCGGCGCUGCCCUUUUCAUCGGACUCUCGGUGAUGGACAGCAGCAACACGAUUCGUGGACUUCAGAAUCAGAUGUUUGGUGCCUUUCUGUUCUUGACCAUCUUCUCUCAGGUAUCUGAACAGAUGAUGCCUGUCUUUGUGGAGCAGAGGACUUUGUUUGAGGCUCGCGAGCGCCCUUCAAAGACGUACUCGUGGCAGUCUUUCAUGUUUGCCAACAUUACUGUUGAGGUUGCCUGGAACUCGUUCAUCGGUGUCUUCUCCUUCAUCGUCUGGUACUAUCCCAUCGGCCUCUACCGCAACGCCGAGUGGACGAACCAGGUUGACUCACGUGGUAUUACCAUCUUCCUCCACGUUUGGAUGUUCUUCCUCCUCGCUUCGACAUUCACGCACAUGAUCAUCGCCGGUCUUCCCGAUUCCGACACCGCAGCGGGUAUCCUGAACCUGAUCUUCAUCAUGAUGUUCUCCUUCUGCGGUGUCCUCGCAGGUCCCGACAUCCUCCCUCGUUUCUGGAUCUUCAUGUACCGAGUCAACCCUUUCACUUAUGUCGUUGAGGGUUUCCUCGGCACGACGCUUGCGAACGCGCCCGUUACAUGUGCUGCGAAUGAGAUUCUGGACUUUAAGCCCACGAACGGAUCGACUUGCAACGAGUUCCUCUCUUCCUACAUUUCUGAGCAUGGUGGGUAUCUUGAAAGUGGAAGUGGGAGCAGCACUACCGAGUGUCACUACUGUCCCAUGGCCAAUACGAAUUCGUUCCUCAAGUUGAUCAACAUCAACUUUGACAACCGCUGGAGGGACUUUGGGUUACUUUGGGUUUAUGUCUUGUUCAAUUGUGCUGCUGCUGUUGCUAUUUACUGGUUAGUUCGGGUUCCCAAGAAGAGCAAGAGCAAGAAGGCGUAG